CCACAAUUUCAAGUUCCUAUUUCAAAACGACGGGUGCUCCAUCCAGAAUCACAGGUUUCAUAAUAUCUCUUAUAUGGAUCAUAAGAAACGAAAAAAGAGGAAGCGAAAGCAUAGAAGAUUCAUAUCUCCUUCCAAUUACUUCCAUUGAUUCACAUCUCGUCUCUUCCCUUCCUACCUGCAAAUUCCCAACCUUGUUAAUUCAAAACCAGGUACUCCACUUCAAUCACAAGUAUUUUAUAUAUAAUCGGAUCGAUUUAAACUCCAUAACAAUCCCGAUGGCACCUUCCAGCUUCAGCCUCCCAACACCCAGUCCACCUCUCGUUCCUGCGAUCUCAAAUCCUAACUCGAAACCUAGAAAGCACUACUUGGCUAUGUCAUCAAAUGAUCAGAACAUGCCGGCCAUCACAGAGCCCGAUCCUGAAUCGCCGGUGGGAAAGCCCAAGGGCAGCUCCCAACUGAACCGAUGGUCUAGAGCUCGUGCCAUACGAACGGGCCGGAGACUGGACCGACCUGUCCCUACGAAACGGGCCACCGAUACGAAUAGGAUCCGUCCGGUGGAGGACGGGGAAGGAAGAAGCGUGCAGGGAGAGGACGUAGGAAGGGAAGAAGAAGAUGAUGAGAAGGAAGCGACGAUUGCGAAGCCGAUCUAUAUGAUCUCUGACGGCACUGGAUGGACUGCUGAGCAUUCCGUCGUUGCGGCAUUGGGGCAGUUCGAGCACUGUUUGGUCGACAGGGGCUGUCCUAUUCAGACUCAUCUCUUCUCGGGGAUUGACGACGUGGAGUGGUUGAUGGAUAUAAUUAAACAAGCAGCCAGAGAAGGUGCAAUGCUCUUCUACACUCUGGCCGACCCUUCCAUGGCUGCUUCAGCCAAGCAAGCCUGCAAGCUGUGGGGUGUUCCAUCAACUGAUAUACUAGGACCCAUCAUUGAGUCCAUCUCACACCAUAUUGGUGUCUCCCCAUCUGGCAUUCCUCGUGGGGCACCAGGACGGAAAGUCCACCUUACAGAGGAAUACUUCAAACGGAUUGAAGCCAUUGAAUUCACCAUUAGGCAAGAUGAUGGGGCCCUACCCCAGAACCUCCAUAAUGCUGACUUUGUCCUGGCUGGAGUUUCUCGUACUGGAAAGACACCAUUGUCGAUUUAUCUUGCACAAAUGGGAUAUAAAGUGGCUAACGUUCCGAUUGUGUUAGGUGUAAAACUUCCAAGAUCCCUUUUUGAGAUAGCGCCAGAGAAGGUUUUCGGAUUGACCAUAAAUCCCAUUAUCUUACAAGCAAUUAGAAGAGCAAGAGCAAAGAGUCUUGGUUUCAAUGACAACACAAGGAGUAACUAUUCAGAGAUGGAUCAUGUGAGGGAAGAGUUGGAGUUUGCCGGUAGAAUUUUUGCAGAAUAUCCUGUGUGGCCAGUUAUCGAAGUGACAGGAAAAGCAAUUGAGGAAACAGCAGCAAUUAUUUUGAGGCUCUACCAUGACCGAAAGCAGCAAUGUUCAAAGCCAAGGAUCUCAAAGCGCUACUAAAGCAAGCAAAGUUUCAGUCCCAAGCCUGUGGCAUGACAUGCUGGUCCAGAGUUAGACAUGAUUCUGUUCCAGGCUGAAUGAUCAGUUGGGCCUUUUCUGGUAUACAUGGUGUAGAUUACAUCAAUACUGCUCGAGCUACUCUUUUAGAAGAACUUUACAAGGGGAACCCUGAGUGAUGUCUGUGCCUUCAGGGAAAAAGGUCGAUAUUUGGGUGAUAAUUCAUGACAUAUGCUUGAUUGCUGUCCUCCAGGUGUGUCUUUGAUGGGUUCCACUGAAGAGUUAUCCUGCCUCGGAAAUCAACUUAUAAUUUGGGGUCUUCUGCCGUAUUUUAUCUAAUCACUAAUAGAAAGUGAUGUAUUUGAUGGCUAUGAUCAGUUUCAAUGAUAUCUGACUUUGAUCUUCUUAGUUGGAUAAAUGCAUUUUUGAUACCUGGCCUCGAGCUCCUUUCCUUUCUCUAAUCCUUGUGAAUAUGUUGUUUAAAUACCAUAAUUACAGCUUCCUGUCAUUACCAUGUGAAAUAUGUACAAAGAUGUAGAAGUUUGCAGAACAGUAAUGUAAAAUGUACUGUAAUCAUUUCAAGUUCUUGGUAGCAAGACUUUCAUUUCCUACUUUUA